AUGGCCAAUCAACGCGCCAAUGACUUCAUCUCGUUCCUCAAUGCGAGUCCGUCGCCUUUCUUCGCUGUACGCAGCUCGAUCGAACGUCUCGAGAAGGCAGGAUUUAAGCCAAUAAAAGAACGAGACUCGUGGAAUCAAACACUCCAAGCCGGGGGCAAAUAUUACCUCACUCGAAAUGGUAGCACGAUUGUCGCCUUCGCCAUCGGACACAAAUGGAAGCCAGGCAAUCCCAUUGCCAUGGUUGGCGCUCACACCGAUUCUCCCUGCCUCCGAAUCAAGCCAGUCUCGAAGCGAUCAGCGGAUGGCUUUCUACAAGUUGGCGUUGAGCUCUAUGGCGGUGGCAUGUGGCAUACCUGGUUCGACCGUGAUCUUGGUGUGGCCGGUAGAGUGAUGGUGAAGAGCAAGGAAGGCGUGGUGGAGCAGCGACUAGCGAAAAUCAGUAAGCCUGUCUGUCGGAUACCGAACCUCGCGGUGCAUUUCGGCCAGCCGUUUGAGCCAUACAACAAAGAGGCACAGCUGUUCCCAGUGCUAGGCCUGGUCACAGCAGAGCUCAAUCGGCAAAGAAAGUCUGCAGAGGAUAUCAAGAAAGAGGAGACGGAGAAGCAGAAGAACGCGGGCUUCCAGCCUCUGAAGACCACGAUGCAGAGACAUCAUCCUUAUCUCGUAGAACUCAUUGCGAAGGAGGCGGGAUGCGAGGCGGAGGACGUGGAGGACUUCGAGCUCGUGCUUUUUGAUACCCAGCCCGCGUGCCUCGGUGGCAUUAACGACGAGUUUGUUUAUUCUGCGCGUCUAGACAACCUGGGCAUGACAUACUGCGCGGUUGAGGGCCUCAUUCAGUCGCUGAAAGAUAAUGCGGCUCUGAAGGAUGACUCGACCAUUCGCCUGAUUGCAUGCUUUGAUCAUGAAGAGAUCGGCUCUCAGUCAGCACAAGGUGCACACGGCAACAUGCUGCCUGCAGUCAUUCGCCGACUAUCUUGCCUUCCGCCGUCGCCUGAGGACAGCGAAAAGAGCUACGAGAACGUAAACGGUGACGCCACCGUGGACAACAGCACAUCAUACGAGCAGUCUCUAUCCACGAGUUUCCUGAUCAGCGCCGACAUGGCACACUCCGUUAACCCGAACUAUGGUGGAUCGUACGAGUCAGAACACAGGCCGCACAUGAACGAAGGCACAGUCAUCAAAAUUAAUGCGAAUGUACGGUAUGCCACGAACUCGCCAGGAAUCGUGCUCCUCCAGGAAUGUGCCAGGCGAGCCAAGGCUGCAUCUUGGCAGCUGCCGGAGGCAAAGACAGCGGAAGAAGGUGUACCGCUUCAGCUCUUCGUGGUGAGAAAUGAUUUUCGAUGCGGCAGCACAAUCGGUCCAAUGCUCAGCGCGGCCCUGGGUGCGAGGACCAUUGAUGUUGGCAACGCGCAAUUGUCGAUGCAUUCAAUCCGGGAGACAGGUGGCGCGUACGACCCUGAACAUGCAGUAAAUCUUUUUGACAGCUUCUUUGAACAUUACGGCGAGCUGGAGAGCAAGAUCUUGGUCGAUUGA